UAACAUGCCUGCGAAGAGAAAGCAAACAGAGUCUAAUGUGCGACUUGAUGAAGAUGAUGUUUUGGGUGAUAUAUUACAAGAUUUGGACAAGGAACCAACACAUGUCCCAGUACCACAACCAACUUUUCUCAAAAAGAAACCAAAGCCAUCUCCAUCAAGCAAAGUGGCUGUCAACCCAUUUGCAAGGCCCCAGAUGACAGCGCCUGUUAGAGCAAAGGCUUCCCCAAAGCCUUUAAAAAUUCCUGACCCAGAUAAAGAAAAUGUAGUUAACGGUGUAUCUCCCAAGAAUUACGAUUAUAACUGACACUAUCAUAAGAGAUAACUAAAACCAACAGCAUACACUGGUAAUAUUUAUUAGCAAAUAUAUGAUAAGACAUCAUGCGAGAGAGAGAGAGGCAGUACAUCUCUCCAUGAAGUCAAAUACACAAAUAAGUCUGUCUUGAGCUCCCACUUUAUCUGAACCAGUUUAUAAGUUGCCAUUAGUGAAUUUAUGGGCUAUAGAAGUAAUGGCAAAUUUUCCCCACUCGAUUCUCCCAAAA